ACAGGUCCUAUUUCUAUACGUAAAUAAUAAACCUGGCAUAUCAUAUGAGAAUCUCCAGGCCCGGGAUUCGAGGCUGUUGGAACCACGGUAGCUCUCUUGAUGGAUAGCCGUUCCCUUCUUCUGUCUUCACAGUUCGACUCUCUCUUCCCUUCCUGCUGAAGCAAAUCUUGUCCAGCAACAGUGUUGUAUAGAAUUAGCACCGUCAGCGUUGACCCCGCAGUCAAUCUGGAAGAAUCCCGACUCUCUUCGCUCGCUUUUCUCUUCCGCGACACGCGGGCAAGGGGCUGACAGCAUUGAACGCCUCCUACCUGCAACGCUAACCCCGUUCUCUUUUGUUGUUAGCUCUAUUCUAUUAUCGCUCGAGUCCGCGACGUCUAUAUUAUCCUCGCUGUCCGCGAAACCGCGCCAGGUGCACACGCUGUACAUCGAUCAUCCCAGCCUUCGCUAGCGAUUGCCGAGACGACGCGGCUCUCAUUAUUACCAUACCUCCAUUGUCCUUGUCCAUAGCUAGCUAGUACAUAUCUUUUCUCUCCGUCGCACCCGCGCACUCACCCCCCCGCGAAAAUGGCUUCACAACCUGCGAAACCCAAGAUCCAGCCUUGCCGGUACAAGACUGGGAAGACACUGGGAGCAGGCUCCUAUUCUGUGGUCAAGGAAUGCGUGCAUACCGAGACGGGCCGAUACUAUGCUGCCAAGGUCAUCAACAAGCGCCUAAUGGCCGGACGAGAGCACAUGGUAUGGCAAAAUUAUCGGCAGUACACUCCUAGAUAAAUGGCAGAGCAAAUGCUGAUGAGUGUCGCCUGUCGAUAUAGGUCCGCAAUGAAAUCGCGAUAUUGAAAAGGGUCUCCAUGGGCCACCGGAACAUCCUCACUCUGGUCGACUACUUCGAGACUAUGAACAAUCUGUACCUGGUUACGGACCUUGCUCUGGGUGGAGAGCUCUUCGACCGUAUCUGCCGUAAAGGUAGCUACUACGAGUCUGAUGCUGCGGAUCUCAUCCGUGCGAUCCUCUCUGCGGUGGCGUACUUGCAUGACCAUGGCAUUGUCCAUCGUGAUUUGAAACCAGAGAAUCUCCUCUUCCGCACACCGGAGGACAAUGCGGACCUGUUGAUCGCGGACUUUGGUCUGUCGAGGAUCAUGGACGAGGAGCAAUUCCACGUUCUGACAACGACUUGCGGUACCCCGGGGUACAUGGCUCCGGAAAUCUUCAAAAAAAGUGGACACGGGAAGCCAGUAGAUAUUUGGGCCAUCGGUGUCAUCACCUACUUCCUACUAUGCGGCUAUACGCCCUUCGACCGCGACUCCAACCUGGAAGAGAUGCAGGCCAUCCUUGCAGCAGACUACUCUUUCGCCCCGGCCGAAUACUGGCGUGGUAUCUCCGAAACAGCUCGCGAGUUCAUCCGUCGAUGUCUCACCAUCGACCCCAAGGAACGCAUGACCGCCCACGAAGCCCUCCAGCACCCCUGGAUCAAUCCCCCCUACGAUCCAGCCGAUCCCGAGGGCUUCGCCGGCGUCGGCGAAGACCUGCUACCAACCGUCAAGAAGAACUUCAACGCCCGACGAACGCUGCACAAGGCUAUCGAUACUGUUCGUGCCAUCAACAAACUUCGUGAAGGUGGCCAUCUCAUGAUGGAUGGUGUUAUGAGCGUUGAUCCCAAACCUUCAGCAGCGAACAACAGCCGUGUUAAUCAGGCCCAAUCACAACCGCAGGCUAGUAGACAUCCCGGUGCAAUGGAGAUUGAUAGUCGCGGUGACGCGCGAGGGCAGACACAGGAGCAGAUCCGCGCCCAGGAACAAAGGGUAAAGGAAGUCGUGACUGGGCUUUGGAGCAAGUCUGUUAAUCAGAAGCGAUGAUCUCGGGUAUAUAACUCGUUUUUCUUUUCUUUCUCCGUACAGUUUUUUUUCCUGUUCUUUAUUGGAAUAUACUCUGCUGAUUGGAUUGGUUUCAUUUUCGCUUCUAUUUUGGACUCCGCCGUCUCAGGACUGACUGACUGACUUAUUGGUUUCUGGUUUUGUCUUUUCUGCCUAGUUGUCUUGUCAUAUUUGUUGUGCUCUGUAUAUGUGCUCUAUGAGUAGAUGAUUGUUGAUAAUAAAUUUGAAUACAUUUAUUUACAUGUAG